AUGGCCUACGAAGACUCCGCCAAUCCGCUCGCCGAGUCUGGCGUGACGAUGCGCUCCGACAGCGAGCACUAUAGCGAGGAGCCCUCCGCGUCCCCGUCGUCCUCAGAUUCGCCGGUUAUUGUAUAUAAGCCGCCUACUGUCUGGUCACUGUUUCGUGGUGCCGCCAUCAACCUGGUUCUGCCGUUCAUCAAUGGCAUGAUGCUGGGAUUUGGAGAGCUCUUUGCGCAUGAGGCUGCCUUCCGAUUAGGUUGGGGCGGCACAAAGUAUCAUUUCCACAGGAUCGCCACAAUGCUUCCAAGUCGAGGCAUGCUGCGUUCGUCCGGGGCCCAGCGACAGCUUCUCGUCAAAGCCGCCGGCCAUGGUCGCGGCUUUGGUACGUUGCGACCCGCCGUCCACGGCUCGAGGUCCAGCCCCCUCGCGACGCUGAAGUCCAAGACGGUCGCUCCCCUUGCCCUGGGCUCGGCAGCCUCCGCUCGUCACCUCUCCCUCUGGGGCUACGGCAGCAAAAAGUCGGAAGCCGCGCCGUCCACGAACCCGAUCGAGUCCUCCGCCGCCGAGUCCGGACAGAAGCUCGCUUCCGAGGCGAAUGCGCAGUCUGUGCCCAUUGAUGCUACCCCUGCGUCGUCUACGACCUCGCCGCCCGCCGACCUGUCUGCCAUCAGCGACAUUGUCAAUGAGUCGACCGGCAGCAGCAGCAGCAGCGGCUACGAGAUCCUCUCGCGCUCGCAGGACUACAUUGGCUACCUGCACGACCUGGGCCUGAACUAUGGCUGGGGCUUCACCUCCAGCAUGCAAUGGGUUAUUGAGCACAUCCACGUCUGGAGCGGCCUGCCCUGGGGCCUGUCCAUUAUGGGCGCGGCCGUCGCCUUGCGCGUGGCCAUGUUCUACCCCAUGAUCAGGAGCACCGCCUUUGCUGCGCGCACGAGGCGGAUGCAGGAGGAUCCCAGGCACGAGAAGGUCAAGGAGCUGAUGAAACCCGGCGUCAUGUCGGACCCCGUGAAGACCCAACAGAUCAGGGCCGUCCAGGGCGUCCUGAAGCAGGAGUACAAUGUUCCGGCCAGCGGCAUCCUGUGGGGAUUCCUCCCCAUCCCAUUCUCGUUCGGCUUGUUCCGAGCUGUGUCGGGCAUGACCAACCUGCCCGUGCCCGGGUGGGAGUCUGCUGGCUACCUCUGGUUCCAAGAUUUGACAGCCACUGACCCCUACUUUAUCUUGCCGAUUAUCACCGCCGGCCUAAUGUCUCUGACAAUGCGCGUGAACCGCAAAAAUACGGCGGUGUCACAGCGUGCCACAAUGGACAAGAUUUCCUGGGUACUCUUCCCCGUCAUCGUCUUUGCGACCUGCUGGUUGUCCGCGGCCGUCAACCUCAUGGGUGUGGCCUUUGGUGGUUCCACCCUCGCCGCGACCGCCCUCCUCAACAUGAACACUGUCCGGCGGUUGUUCCGUAUCCCGCUCGCCGACAACGACACCCCCACGAAGCCGGUGGCAACGUACACGGCCCCGCGUGACCCCACUGCACCUGUCGCUGUCGAGAAGACGGGCACCCAGUCGAUCCGUGCCGGCUUCGACAACCUGGUCAAGUCUGUCAAGGAGCAGGGCAGCAGCAUCAUGCCGACAGGGCAGAAGGAGGAGCAGGAAGAGAAGGCCCGGAAGCAGAGGAUCCAGAAGGCGGAGGAGAUGGCUGCGGCGCAAAGGGAGCGGGACUUUAUCAACAAAUACAAGAAAUGA